UUGAUCAAAGUUGUGACUGCAGAGCUGCUGAGAUGUUUACCUGCUUCAGUUUCUUCACUUCCUGCUGAAGCUCAACUUGUUUGAUGAAUCAUGAAGUGGUUCUGCUCUGGUGUGGAAAGGCAGGACAUCCCAUAUUUUAGAGGCAAUGGCUGAAAAGGCUCCAUCAGUGUUUCAUUUGGUGGCGGGGAAGUCCAGAAGCAGCUGAGAUGCUGACCUCAGCGCUCUGACUGGGUCGUGAUGCUGAAGCUAAUCAGACAAAUUUCAUUCGCUAGAAGAGUGCGAAACCUCCUGAACCGAAUGAUGAAACUAACAGGAAGCCAGUGUAAAGAGGCCAUACAGGAGUGAUGUGGUGGUGCCCUCGCCUACCUGUCUACAUCUGCAGGUGAUGGAGGUCUGACUGAUUUAAAGCAGAGUCUACAGCGCUGCAGCCAUCUAACCCAGAAUCCAACAGGACAACCGCUUCAGUGAAGCCUGAAUCACAGAAAGAAUCCAGAUCAGAUUUCUAGAAGGACAGGAGAUAAAAUCAGACCCAUGUGGUCCAAAAUCAAGACCAGAUCAAGAGAAAAAACUGGAACAAAGAGCAGAAAUUCAGAAGCUUCUUCUUGUGUGAAGAAGAAACUGUAGUUCCACAGAGUUCUUUCUCCUUCAGAAACAAAAGGACAUGAAGUUGCUGACUGAAGGUUUUCCAUGUGUGGAUGAGAGAUUUUACAAGGACUCAGGUCCAGUUGAUCAGUGUCUCUGCUGUUAAAAUGUGUGCAGCCACACAACAUUUUCAUGGUGCAGACAAACAUCUGAGAGGAUGUUGUUAGAGAUGAAAUCAGCUCUCUCACUCGAUUAAAGAUCCAACGCUUCGGUUCUGAUCAGCUGAGGACAGAUCCAGUCUGGAAAAGACGACCUUUGGUCACCAGAGUUCACGGAGUAGAGCUAACCGCUUUUCCCUCCAGAGUCACAUUCAGAUUCGGGGUUUUUCCGUCGGAGAGUGUGAGCAGGAUGGGUCAGAGAGCGAGCAGCGAUCCUGCAUCAUGGCCAGCUCAGAUGAGCGAGUCUGAUAGAGGGAAGUGAAGGGAAUAAUUGGUCCUUCCAAAAGACAAAACACCCAAACAGAAUCUUAGUGCUGUUGUUUCUGCAGUCCAAAGUAGCGAGGACUGUCCAGAUGUUUACAUCGGGGAAACUAAACAACAAUUACACAAGAGCAUGGCACAACACAGGAGAGCCACCUCUUCAGGUCAACACUCUGCAGUCCACCUUCACCUGCAGGACAAGGGACACACCUUUGAAAGUGAUAAAUUACACAUUCUGGACAGAGAAGAUAGAUGUUUUGAGAGAGGAGUAAAGGAAACUAUGUCAAACAGGAAAAACCCACUUUACUAAAGGAGGGCAAAGCUCCUCGGAUGCUAUGCGAAACGUCCUCAAGAAACCAAAGAAGCCUUCAUUCGAACCCCUUUGGAUUACCAUGACCUGGGUGACUGAGAACAUUCACCAGCUCUAGACACACUUUUAUUCCUCCAUGGUGAAGCGCUCAAAAAACCUAGGUUCAGUCAGGCUCAGACCGAGUGUUGUAAUGUUAGGAGAGCCUGUUUGGCAGUGGGGUAGGGGUGAGUGGCAGCAGUUGCAUGAUUUAAUCAUCUGUCUCUUUUACUUAAGGACACAGAAGAGUUUACAGGAGAGAGUGAGCUCCUCUGAAUUAGAGAGCAGUUAGAGAAACAAAGAACAUCUGUGCUGCUGUGCCAGCCUGUAAAAGUUUUAAUUCUUUUGGUUCAUGAUGAUAAACUGAUGUUAAAUUCAACUGGAAGAAGUUUGGGUUCAUUUUAAGUCACGGGAGAUCAUGUUUCCGUUUUCUGCUCCUCCCCACAUACACAAUGGACAUGAGGAGAUGAGUUAAAAUGUUCCCAAAGGGCAGGAUAGUGUACCGGUUUGUACUGAUUAGUGAAGGCGAAACAUCAGCUGGGCAGAAUAAUCCUAAUUCAGCCCACAGCCUCCUGCUCGUGUUAUUAUGAGCAAGAAUAAAGAAGAAGAAAAGAUCUUUUCUGUAGCGCCUCUCAAGAUAAAAAUCACGAGGCGCUUCAAAACAAACAUCCCAAAACUUAUUGGAAGUUUAGGAUAAAAAUAUAUAUUUUUGUAUUUUCUGAAGGGAUGGGUACAGAAUUCUGUAUUUUUCAGGGCGGCGACCACAUUUCGUGGUACUUAUCUAGGACCAAUUCACAUGAUAUGAAAGAGUGUCGUGUUUCGGUACCUAUUCAGUAAUGAGAUCUUUUGGGAACGUGAUUUGCCAGAUAGACAGCAAUGCAUGCACCACAGCAUAAUGUUGUCCGUUGCUGCAGGCGAGCUGUAAACAGCAAGCUGCACGAGAGGAAGCGCUCUGAUAUGUGGAUACACUUCACUGAAUGUGAUGGGUGACUGACAAUGAUCUGAGUGAGGCAUCAUCAUCUUAAUCCAACACAUUCUCACACCCUAAGCGUCGGAAACAAACGCUUGGUCUGACUCUGACAGUCAGAGUCUGACUGUCAAUUUUCGUAUUUGCCGCCCAAGGGGAACAAUGGAACAUACCAUCUGGCGAGGGGGAGGUUACACAUACCCUCUACUUCUAACGUCCACCUUGGUAGUUGAAACCUCCCCCUCGCGUUGGCUCGGUCCAAACUCGACCAAUGACGAGGCGCCUCCCGCCAUUCACUUCAGCGAGCCGGCUUUUAGAGCGAUCGACACAUCACUAACGUGUUAGCUAGCAAGAUGGUUAAGGUUAGGAUAGGGGUGAGGGGAAGGUUAAAUAAGAGGACAAGGUUAGGGUGAGGUACAAUGAGCUUGUUUGGUACCCUGGCUGCGGACAUCCCAUUGUGUCAGUGUAACGCUGCAUUGGGAUCUGCAUUCAAAUAAGGGAAAACCCCCUUUUCGCACAUAAGUAAUGAAAAAGGGCCCUUUUGGCGUCAGGGGUCUGAUGUGGAGGGUGGCUGACCAAGCGUGUGUUUUUGACGUAACCUGACAGCAGCCAGAUCUCCAUGUGUAGCCCCGCCCCGUGUUGAGUCUACACAUCUGGAAACCGUCUGAAAGAGGGAGCGCUAUCUGGUGGAAUAUUUUGAGCUGACUGGAGGACAUGCUUGGUAGUGCUCGGCUGGCACUGGCUACCAUAUUUUGUCUUUAGCCAAACACAGUAACAACUCAAAUGACAUAUACGAUGUGCGCAUGGAAAACAACAACUCGCUCAAGCGUCAUUCAUUUGCUCAUGCAGCAGUUACCAUGUCUCUGGUUCUCCUGAGUUUGGAAAACUCCAAAUCUCACGAGAAUUCAUCUUGCAGCGCAAGGUUACUUGAUCUGCUCCAACAGGUAAACAAUAGGGUUGGGCAUCAAGCACUGAUUAGAACCGGGACUAACUGUCAGUUUUUCCCAGAAUGGUUCAGGUUUUUAAAUUUCAAUUUCUAGUUUUCAGUUCCCAGUCUUCCCACUGGAAGAUUAAUCAGUGACCGAUCGCCGUGAAAAAAACGUGAUCUGCAAAUUCUGAUACAUGCCUUUCAGAGCCGAUCAUACCAGCUGUCUGUCUCUUACCCAGUUUCUCUUUUGACUUAAUCACUUCUGCAGCAUGUCGUAGAUUCUCAGUCAUCCUAGAUGCGAUCCCCCUGAGAGGUUUAGUGGAAAACAGCUGGACUUUUCUGGUUAUGUUAGACAUUUUUCCUCUCCCGGAGGCUUCUUCAGUUCCCUUAAUUUGGUCGUGGUCAGAAACAAACAUUGUGAUACAACUUAUUUUUCUUUCUUUCUUGAAAACAUAUUUUUGUCUAAAUUAAGGUGAUGUUAUUGUUCAUAGAAUUAAAAAUCAUGUUAAGGUACAGAUGAUUUCAUCAGGUAGGACCUGGGGUCUUACACGUCCUGUACAUGUAAAGUUUUUGGAUCCUGGCUCUUGAAAGAAUCAGAAUAAGGAAUUGCUAAAGGAACCUGAAUCGAAACAAGGAAUUGGAAUCAUUCAAACAAUGCUCAACCCUAUGCACCACGCCCAUUUCAACUUUUUCUGGGACCACAGACGCUUUUUUUAGGGAAAAUGGGAUUCACCUGAACAAGUCUGGAGUUAAACUGUUUAUCUCAAACAUUUUACACAUGGUGAUGAUUCUACUGCCCACCCCACAAAAGAUGACGAUAGCCAACAGGAGCCAAAUCUGAAAAUCAUAACCAGACCACCUCUGUGCUGUUAGGUGUGAAGCAGGCUUUGAGAUACGUUUCAGAUUGUAAAAAUAAAAAUUUUCCUAAUUUUCGUUCAUGUAAAAAUGAAUUAAACAUAUUUUGUCAAAAAUUUGAUGUUAAAUAAUUUCAUGAUUAUUUAAUUUUCAACAUUUCCUUCAGAUCUCUCCGGCUGUGUCUGAAUGGAAUGUGUUGCUUUAAAACAGACGACACAAUAACAAAAUACUUUAAUUCUUAUCAUUUGUUUUUGAAAAAUAAAUCUGACCUUUAACUAUAGAUGCUUAGUUGGUUUUGUGGUUAAUCAGUAAACUGGUUAAACAAACUGGUAGGGGAAUGGUUUGGAUCCCAAACUCCAGCAGGGAAGCUGGAGAACAUUCAUUUACAGAACCAUGAGGCGUUUCACUACCAGUGUUGUUCUCUUUCAUGUUUGGAUUAUCAUCUUUUCAACACCAGAUACCUUUUCGGAUAUGAGACCUCCUACGAUAACAGCCAUAUGUGAUGAAACCAAACCCAGUAAGUCUGACUGGGAGCUCGAUGGUGGUUGGAUCCAGAUCCAUGAUGGUCCCCUACAUGACUGGUCGGCUACUUCUGAUGACUCUGCUGGUCCAAACUACAGAAAACCAAGAAUGGAUGGAACAGACGACCCAUAAGCCUGAUACUUCUGAACAUUAUCAGGAGUUUUGCCUGCAUGUUCCCAAAGCUCCCACUUGGACCAGUUCAAAAUCCCCAGCCCAAAUGCCAGUACCCACACCAACUAGGACCGCCAACCCAAAAGCACCCUUGAUCGUUGCAAACUUAAAAAGUGGGGUGAGGUCAGCUCCGGAACCUGUUCCCAGAGUCCGUGCUCCAGCGCCCAGCGGCUGUCGCUGCCAAAAGGGUAGCCGGAAAAAACUUAGUGGGCGUGGCAUGGUCAGAAGGCAGAUCAUUCGGCAGAUCGUUCAGUUUCCCACUAUAACAUGUGGCUUUACUGAAUACUUCAAGUAUUUGGAAGAUGGAAGGCAGGUCUGUGUAGAUCCGUUCCGCCUCGCUAGUUACUUUUUACACUCCCUGUUUAACCCCACAACCAAGCCAAGAACCACCAAACCUCCUUUGGUCUCAACAACUUUACCCCAAACCAGAAAUGACUUGAUUGCAAACGCUGAUGCUUCUCUGGAAGCCGAUGAAACCACGGAUGUUAAAGGGCUCGGGUCUUCUCUUAAUGGGGAACUCAUUAAACAUCCUCGAAUCCUCGAAAUCGAUCCUGGUACAUUCAUCAUAGUACCUCAGACAAUACAAAUACCUAAUUUUGUUUUUGGUCCUCCUGGGGUUCUUGGUCCACCAUGCCAUCGCUGUUCGCCUGUUGACUGGAACAGCAUUAAACCAAACCAUGUUCAAGCCCUCGAGAUGAAUUUGACACCAUCAAACUGCCCCACCAUCAUCCAAGUCAAGCUGACUGAUGGAAAAGAGUUCUGUAUGGAUUCUUCCCAGCCGGAUUUUAUGGAGCAUCUUAACAUGUUGGAAUCUCAGUAGAAAGGGCCUUAGAUGUUGUCCAUGGGGAGGUCCAUUCACCCUCUUCUGCUUUAUAACAAUAAACAAAUAGCUGCCAUCUGUCGCCUUCAUUCUGUUCAAUAAUAAAAGCAUUGUUAAAGCGGGAUUCAGAUAUUUGAUGUUGUUUGCUGGUUGUUAGUCUCUGGCUUCAUUCUUAACCCGUAAACAUUUGAGUGAUUCUACAAAAAUCAUCAGAAAUGAAACGUAUAGUUUUAAAAGAGAAUUUUAAAGAGAAGUAUAAAAGAAUUAUACUAAUUAAUUUCAUGGAGGAGGAGGAAAAGUUGUAAGGGUGUUGCAUUUGAUUGUAAUCGUCUAUUGUUGGUGAACUGGGAGCUGUGGAUAUUGGAAGGGGAUGGGGGUGGGGGGGUGAAACAUUAAAAAAUGUAAAUUUGGUUUGUGUGAUUGAGGAUGACACGUUGUAAGAAAAUGGCAAUGACACUCAGUGUAGGGAAUAUAUAUAUUUUUUGUUUUAUAUUUCUUGAAAUUUGAUUUGG